AUGAAGUUUUGGCGCGCGGCAGAUAUUAGCAAACUGUUCGCUAUCGCGGCAAUAACAUUUAUGGCUAUAUCGACAGGCGUCCAGCCAGUGCACAGUGCACAUAUACUGGGUGUUUUUCUCAGUCCCAGCCCUUCUCAUUUAAUCGUGCACAUGUCGAUUAUGAAAACACUGGCAGAGCGGGGUCACAAUGUUACUGUCGUCACCGGGCAAAAGUCAAAGGUGAAUCAUGAAAAGAUACACAAUAUUAUAAUUGAACCGUCGGAGACGCUUCAACGAAAAUUUAAUGAAGAAUUGUCCGGCUUGGGUACGAAAAAGAAAAGUAUGUGGAAAAUGUUGACAAGAGUGAUAUCUGCCGAUACUGUAAUGUUUACUAUGGAAUUGGAUGCACUCAGGAAUGAACGAUGGCAAGAGAUCUACAAAACCAAUUAUGAUUUGGUCAUUAUGGGCUACUUCAUGAACAACUUUCAAUGGAUUGUUCCGGCCAAACUAAAUUGCCCGAUGAUACUCAGUUGGACUGGACAACCCACGGAGAUGAUUAAUGAAUUAGUGGGUGUUCCACACGAGGUGUCUUAU